GAGUUCCUAACCGUUUUGGUUCUCCUUUUCGAUCUGCAAAAUGUCGGAGACGGAAACGUUCGCCUUCCAGGCUGAGAUCAACCAGCUUCUCAGUCUUAUCAUCAACACUUUCUAUAGCAACAAGGAGAUUUUCCUUCGUGAGCUCAUCAGCAACGCUUCUGAUGCUUUGGACAAGAUACGAUUUGAAAGCUUGACAGACAAGAGCAAGCUUGAUGCCCAGCCGGAGUUGUUCAUUCACAUUAUUCCUGAUAAGACAAACAAUACAUUGUCCAUCAUCGACAGUGGUAUUGGCAUGACCAAAGCUGAUUUGGUAAACAACCUGGGUACCAUUGCAAGGUCAGGGACCAAGGAAUUCAUGGAAGCCCUGGCUGCUGGUGCUGAUGUAAGCAUGAUUGGGCAGUUUGGUGUUGGGUUCUACUCGGCCUACCUUGUUUCUGAGAAGGUCAUCGUCACCACAAAGCACAAUGACGAUGAACAGUAUGUUUGGGAAUCUCAAGCUGGCGGAUCAUUCACUGUCACCAGAGACACAUCUGGUGAGCAACUUGGCAGGGGAACCAAGAUAACUUUAUUCCUGAAGGAAGAUCAGCUUGAGUACCUGGAGGAACGUCGCCUGAAGGAUUUGAUUAAGAAGCAUUCUGAGUUUAUUAGCUACCCUAUUUCUUUAUGGAUUGAGAAGACUACCGAGAAGGAGAUUUCUGAUGAUGAGGAUGAGGAAGAGAAGAAGGAUGAAGAGAAGAAAGAUAAGGAAGGUGAAGUCGAGGAUGUGGACGAGGAGAAGGAGAAGGAAGAGAAGAAAAAGAAGAAAAUUAAGGAGGUGUCCCAUGAGUGGUCAUUGGUGAACAAGCAGAAACCUAUCUGGAUGAGGAAGCCUGAAGAGAUCACCAAGGAAGAAUAUGCUGCGUUCUACAAGAGUCUUACAAAUGAUUGGGAAGAUCAUUUGGCUGUCAAGCACUUCUCUGUUGAGGGUCAGCUUGAGUUUAAGGCUAUUCUCUUUGUUCCCAAGAGGGCGCCUUUUGAUCUUUUUGACACAAGGAAGAAACCUAAUAACAUUAAGCUGUAUGUCCGACGUGUCUUUAUUAUGGACAACUGUGAGGAGUUGAUUCCUGAAUACCUUAGCUUCAUAAAGGGUAUUGUGGAUUCUGAGGAUCUCCCUCUCAACAUUUCCCGAGAAAUGCUGCAGCAGAACAAAAUUUUAAAGGUCAUCCGCAAGAACUUGGUCAAGAAGUGCAUUGAGCUUUUCUUUGAAAUUGCUGAGAACAAGGAGGAUUACAACAAGUUCUACGAGGCCUUCUCCAAGAACCUAAAACUCGGUAUUCAUGAGGAUUCUCAGAACAAAACGAAGUUUGCUGAAUUGCUCAGGUACCACUCCACUAAGAGCGGCGAUGAGCUGACCAGCCUGAAAGAUUAUGUGACCAGGAUGAAGGAAGGUCAGAAUGACAUCUAUUACAUUACUGGAGAAAGCAAGAAAGCAGUUGAGAACUCCCCAUUCUUGGAGAGGCUGAAGAAGAAGGGAUAUGAGGUGCUAUUCAUGGUUGAUGCUAUUGAUGAAUACGCUGUUGGCCAGCUUAAAGAAUUCGAAGGCAAGAAGCUAGUAUCUGCUACAAAGGAAGGCCUCAAACUCGACGAAACUGAGGACGAGAAGAAGAAGCACGAAGAAUUGAAGGCGAAAUUUGACGGACUGUGCAGGGUUAUCAAGGAUGUUCUGGGUGACAAGGUUGAGAAAGUUGUGGUCUCCGACCGUGUAGUUGACUCUCCUUGCUGUCUAGUAACUGGUGAAUAUGGUUGGACUGCAAACAUGGAGAGAAUUAUGAAAGCACAGGCAUUGAGAGACAGUAGCAUGGCUGGUUAUAUGUCUUCCAAGAAGACCAUGGAGAUCAACCCUGAAAAUGCCAUCAUGGAGGAGCUGCGCAAGCGUGCAGAGGCAGACAGGAAUGACAAAUCUGUGAAGGAUCUGGUUCUGUUGCUGUUCGAGACUGCUCUUCUUACCUCUGGUUUCAGCCUUGAUGAGCCCAACACUUUCGGAAACAGAAUCCACCGGAUGCUCAAGCUCGGACUGAGCAUUGAUGAUGAUGCUGGGGACGGUGACGCUGACAUGCCCCCAUUGGAGGAUGCCGAUGCUGAUGCCGAGGGCAGCAAGAUGGAAGAAGUUGACUAAUUCUCACAAGCCAUUUUAUCUUUUUAAAUGUUUUGUGUUUCUUAAUAUUAGCGAACGGUAGUCUAUUUUUGGGCUGAGCUUUUUGGUUCUUGUGGUUUUAAAUGACAGUAUUUUUAUAUGCAAUUAGCCUCUAAAGUUAUCAUAAUCUAAUAUGGUCAUUUCUCCUCUAUUA